AUGAGCUACACUCACUUUGAGAAGUACGUGAUGAGAAUGGUUGACCUGUUCCACAGACACACCAAACCUGAUGACAUGAUUGACGAGCCGAGCCUGCUGAUGUUGCUGAAGGAGAAUUUCCCUAACUUUGUCAAGGCCUGUGAGAAAAAGGACAACAAUUAUUUGUCCUAUGUCUUUGAGGAAAGGGAUCAGAAUAAGGAUAAGAAGAUCCAGUUUUCGGAGUUUCUGUGCUUGGUGGGGGACAUAGCCAUGGACUACCACAGGCAGAGCCACGGAGCCUCACCCUGUUCGAGGGGAAGACAGUGA